AUGCCCGCAUUGAACGCCCUCAAUUCAACCUCAGAAUCCCGCGCGCGCGCCCUGAUCCUAGCACAACUCCGGCUCCUUCGUCCUCCUCCGACUGGCAAAGAUACGAUUGUCUGCGCGCCCCCGGGCCAUCCUGACUGUGAGUCAGAUGAUGACAUGCCUGACGCGGAUACAUCAGAGCCGCCAUUGAACAGUACCGGUAGUCACAUGACGCUCGCAGAGAAAGCCAGACUUAUCAAGAAGUGGGCCGACAACAAACAGAAGCAUGUUCGCAAGAAGAGAGACAAGAAUAGCCACGUUUAUUGGUACAUGCAGAGGGAAGCCAUAGACAGAAGCUUUUACUCGGAGUACAAGGAUGGACCGAAAAUAUUCCAAGAGUUCCGGGUUACCUCUGGCAUGGGAGACCAUUUAAAAUCCCACAGUAUUACGAAGGAGUCUCACCACGGUCGAAUCAAUGGAUACGGCCGCGCCAUUGGUGGAGGAGAUUAUACAGAGGUAGAUGCAUGGAGCGGUCGACCCAGGCAAAGAGCAAGGCUCACGGCAAAGGAGUCUAUCCGCCAGUGGUUUGUAAAACACCGACAACCCUUCUCUGUUGUUGAGAACUUGAGACUCCUGCUUUCCAAGAGAUACUUUGUGGAACGCAGAGAGAAGCUGAAGAUCGAGCUUCAGUACAAUUGUGCUACCAUCUCGCUCACCCUUGAUAUCUGGACAGCACCGAAUCGGGUGCCUAUUUUCGCCAUUAUUACGCACUGGAUUACGCCGGAGUUUGAGGAGAGAGAGGAGGUUAUUGAGUUUAUCGAGCUCAAAAAAUCUCACACUGGCAAACACGAGAUAGUUGAGAAGACACUUGAGGAGCUCAGGCUCAAGCCAAAGCUUCUCGCCAUUACGGGAGACAACGCCGCCAACAACGGCACGCUCUAUUAUUUGAAGACCAGACCACAUUCCAAUUUCCGGGCAAGCUGGUAG